AUGGCACCCGCCGCCCCCCAGCUUCCGCCUCGAUUUCCCUGCUGGUGUCGAGCUGUUUACUCAUGGGGAGGAGAAACCAAACGGGAUUUGGGGUUUGUGGAGGGGGAUUUGAUCGAGUGUUUGAAUGCAGGCGAUGGACAAUGGUGGAUGGGUCGUUUACGUCGUGACAGGCGCAUGGCUGGCUUGUUCCCUUCCAACUUUGUCGAGGUACUGCGUGAGGAUUUUGUGCCUGUGAAUCGGCCAACAAGUCCAAUGGUCAAGGCAGGGCCGUCGCCUAUCACAAACCCGACUGCUGCCCCAAAAAAACAAAAAACCGUCUUUCGAAAACCAUUUCAAGCCCAUAAGGAAGCUUUGGCUCCAUCGGGUGACCUAACGCGGAAUAACACAACGCUCAACAGUCUUACUGCAAGCUCAAUCCCCCAAACCCCCCCGCGAAAUGGCAGUCUUCCAAGAAGUGUCAAGCCCUUGCGGACUGCGACCAGCUCAACCAAACAACAAAGCUCUUUGUCCAAGGCCCCAUCCCAGUCCACCAGACCUCCGUCUCGUGCUGUGUCCCCCCGGCCAUCUCAAGAUUACGACGCACCACCCCCUUCCGUACCGAGUAGGCAGAGCACCGCACGGUCCCGCCCUCCUUCGCGACCAGCAUCUCCUCGUGUUCCAUAUGAUGCUGAGAUGACACCGCCUGCUGGCCCGGUCAGACAGGAUGACGCUCCUCCUCCUGUUCCUGCCAGGCAACACAUAUCACUACCUAGACCUCCAUCGCGCGAGGUUUCUCCGCUGGAACUUCAGGAACGGGGAGAGUCACCACCGCCGCCACCUCCUCCACACCGAGUUGCUGUCCGACGCGAACCCUCCAGGGAUUCACUUGCAUCUAGGGAAUCACGUACCCCUGCGCCCUUGGAAAUGAAUGAUCGAUACGUUACUAUGUCUAGGACCCCGUCUCCAGCUGCCCGGUCCGAUGCCAACGGAAACACGCCAUCCCCGCUUAGAGACGCUAUGGAAGACGUGAUGACCUCUUUGGAAGAUAUGGGCAUGUCUCGAGGACAGUCCUCGCCCUCGCCCUCGCGUUCAACUUCACAUUCGCCAGUCUUCGAUAACCCCUGGUCGCCAGACGCUUACGAUAGUUAUAGAGAAGACAGACCCCUUCAGGCUCGUGGUCGGGCGUUAACAUCUUUGGGUUUUGAAAGGGAGGGAGAUAAGGACCAGUAUCAUUCAUACAACGGCGCCCUGGCGCACCGGAACAGUGUUUAUGCGCAGGAUCACCAUGUGGAUGGCCCCCCUCAGAUCAACAAUUAUGUGCAACGGAUGGAAAGCAGACUCCGACAAAUGCAAGAACAAACACGUAGAGGCUCUGAAGAUGUCAAGUACCCGGGCGAUGACGAGGAGGACGACGCCCCGUCACCGCCACCUAAGAAUGUCCCUUACCACACGAGACAUAACUCUAUUCCGGUUCAGCGUCGCCAUUUAAGAGGUCGACGAUCAGGGCAGGAUGUACAUCGCGACAUUCUCAAUCGGAGCGCCACCAACAAAUCGAGCACCACGAAUUCGUCCAGCGGCGUGCAAAGUAACAGCACGAAUAUGACAAGCAGCACUGGGCGCACCAGCCAGAGUCUGAUGAGUGGUCAAUCAGCCGGAGGGUUCAGUGCAACCAGCGCCGGAAGCUUUAACAGGCGAGGCAAGCCUAUAUAUGAACGGCCAAUCACGUCAAUGGACUUGUCUCGUUCUCUUUCUCGCGCGUCACGGCCUGAGACGCCGGUGACUGGCAUAUCCUAUCAUUCCAGCCAUAACACUUCUCGACAAGGUGCCUCGUCGGCCGUCCCAUGGUCCUCAACAGACAACAGGGAUAUUACCAACGAGGAACCCAGUGCUGUUUUUGGUGGUCUAUCCACGCCAAGGGCAAAAAAGCAAGGGUUUUUCAGGAGAAUCUUUGACUCUGCGAAGACCGGUGCUGCUAACGCCAGAAGUAGUAUCGCUGUCGGACAGGGCGGAAGUUCAUAUUCACCCACAAAAGGCCGACCAGUAUCACCCAUCCCGUCGCCAAUUCGUUCCCCCCAGUCGAACAAGGAUGCGGCUAUGGGCGGCGGCAGCACUAUCGACUGGGUCCAAGUCCGCAGGGAUGUUAACCGAGCGAGUUCUCCAAGUCGUAAUGAACGAAUUGAGAGGGCCGAGCGAUGCCAGAUGCUGGACCGUCCGGUGAUAUAUGCCGUUGAAGAACUUUAUGAUACUGUGGAAGGUGAUGAGAGUAUUGAUGGAUUACCAAUCAGUGAGCCAACUAACUUCGCGUCUACCAAUUUGACUCUUGUGGACAAGAGUGCGCGGUUUGUUAAUAGUGUUCCACCGACGACAAAUCCCAUCAGUCUCGCACAAGGCUAUGUAUGUCGGCCCUACAAGAGCGAUGUACAAAGGCUGCGCGCCAUCUUCACGUGGGUGAGCGAAAAGGUUGCGUGGGAUGAACCGGUGGAGGAAGAAAUAGAUAUCGAUUUGAGAAGGGUGCUACACACCAAGCGAGGCAGUCCCCAAGAGGUUGCAUAUCUUGUCAAGGAGAUGUGCGCUGCCGUUGGACUACAUGCAGAAGUUAUCAGUGGCUAUCUCAAAUCACCGGGCGAGCUGUUUGAGUUGGACAGCCUAUCGCGACCGAAUCACUGGUGGAACGCUGUCCUCGUGGAUGGCGAAUGGCGCAUCAUGGACUGCUCCUUAUCGAAUCCAACUAACCCCCGAAGGAACCAGUUUGUCAGCCACGCUACUUCCACGGCGGAAAGCUGGUAUUUCCUCGCACGACCGAUCGAAGUUUGCUAUACUCAUGUGCCACUUUACCCAGAAGAGCAACACAUCUGUCCUCCCAUCUCUCCUGAUGUCCUGUUGGCUCUGCCAACUGCCUGUCCACCGUAUUUCAAGAAUGGAUUGCAAUUUCCGGAUUAUGACACCAGCAUCUUAUAUCUCGAGGGCCUGGAGGUCAUGCAAGUUCGUCUUAUGAUACCUCCGGACGUGGAAUGUGCUGCUGAAGUCGAAGCACCAGCAUUUGACUGUGAUGCUGAUGGCGACUAUUUUGAGAGUGGGGAGAUUUUGCGGAAGCGGGCGUUGGUGCAGCCGGACUGGAUCAACGGUCAGAAGCGCUUCACAAUUAAGGCGGUACUCCCAGGCGAUGAAGGACAAGGCAUGAUCAAAGUAUAUGCGGGGAAGAAGGGGCUUAUGCACUCCAGUCGCGAUAUUCCUCACCCGCUAGCCCUUGCUCUUCCAAUGCUUCACGCUGGAGAAAACCCGCCGUACGACUUUGUAUUGCGUCACCCAACACCUCAUGCUCAACGCCAUGAUCUGUAUAUUAUGCAACCCCAGUGCUCGAAGCUCGCUAUCAAUAACACGUUUGUUUUCGCUGUUCGCCAACACCCAGCCUCCGUUCCAUCCGCACUGCAGGGCAGCGAGGUGAACGUCACCGGACGAGUUUCCCCAUCCCCCUUCGCUCGGCCUGCUAGCGCAUUAAGCAUGGUCUCCAGCACGGCUGGUAGCUCUGUCUCCGGAGUCUCUCACGAAUUUUCCGCUUCGACCUCUGCUAUUUCCUCCCGAUCUGGCUCAGGGCGGGAGAAGCCGGCCAAGCUGGCAAUCCAGUCACCGUCUGGCAAAAUCCUCCGCCUGUCCCGCAAAGCUGAUCAUAUGAUGGGCGCCAAUACCGUGGACUCGCCCACUGACGCUCCGGGGGAUGGAAGCGUGUGGGAAACGGUGAUCAAGAUUGGGGAGCGUGGCAUUUGGCGCGGUUUAGUAUUGGCCGAUAGAGUUGCGCGGUGGUGCGUUUUUUGCGAGUGGGAGUGUAUCUGA